AUUAUGUUGGAAAACCUUCUCCUGAUCUGAAAGCGCUGCUUUGCAAGGGCCAGGACCGAUAACAUGGCCGCGCCGGGCAGCUCUGCGGAGGCUCAGCCCUCUGGGGGCCCGGCGCACGCCGCGGUGGUGUUUGUAGGGCACCAUCAGGCUGGCAAAAGCACAAUCGCGGGGCACAUCAUUAUGAAGCUCGGGGGCCUAGACAAGCGGCUGCUGGACCGCGUGGAGAGGGACACCAGCAAUCGGCCCGCCUCGCGCUACGCUUGGGUCCUAGAUAGGCACAAGCUGGAGCGCGACCGCGCCAUGAGCGUGGAUCUCAAGAUCUGCCGGGUGGCGGCGCCGCCGGGGGCCGCGGCCGUGGCGGCGGCGGCUGGGCUGGAGGCGGCGGGCGGCGAGGGCGGCCUGUCGCUCACGCUGCUUGACACGCCCGGCCACCCAGACUACCUGCGGAACACCAUCGCCGCCAUCACACAGGCUGACGUGGCGGUGCUGGUGGUGGACUGUCGGCCCGCGGUGCUGGAGUCCGCCUCCUCCGCCGCGCAGGGCCGUGACCUGGCGCUGCUGGCGCUCAACCUGGCGGCAAACCACAAGACGCUGGUUGUGGCGGUGAACCAGCUGGAUGUGGCGUACGAGUCGGAGGCGGCGGAGGCGCGCUUCAACGAGGCGUGUGCGGUGCUGCCCAAGAUGAUCCGGCAGCGCAAGGAGUCGCUGGUGUUUGUACCAGUGAGCGGCUACACGGGGGACAACCUGGUCAAGGCCGCGCCCGCCCGCAUGCCCUGGUACUCGGGGCCCACACUUCUGGAGGCCAUUGCGGCGGCGGCGGCCACAGCCCGGCCGGCGGCGGCGGCGGCGGCGGCGGCGGCGGCGGCGCCGGGCGGCGUGGCGGCGUCGGAGCUGCCGCUGCGACUGCCCAUCCUGAACGUGUACAAGGUGGGCGGCAUCGGCACGGUACCGGUGGGGCGAGUCGCCGGCGGCAGCCUGCGGCGCGGCGGAGCCGCCACCCUCCUGCCCGGGCCGCGGUCGCGCGGCCUGCCGCAGCAGGGGCAGCAGCAGCCGCAGGCGGCGCCGCAGGCGGCGCCGCAGGCGUCGGCACAGGUGCAGGCGCAAGCGUCGGCGCAGCCACCUCAACCGCAGCAGCAGGCAGGCGCGCCGGCGGCUGCGCCGGCACCAGCGCAGCCGGCGCCAACCUCCCAUGCAUCUGCAGAGGCGGCACAAGCGGCGGCGCCGCCGGCGGCAGGGGACGGAGUGGAGGCGGGGCCGGGCGGCGCGGCGGCUGAGUCAAGCUCGGGUGCGGGGGGGCCUUCGACUGCUGUCGCUGUUGCGGCCGCCGCGCCUGUGGCAACUGCGGCCGCGGCGGGAAGCGCUGGGGCGUCUGGGCAAGGGCCGGCUCCGGGGGCUGCGGUUCCGCCUGUGCCGGCCUCGGCCUCGGCCUCCACGGCGCCGGUGCUGCCCAUUCGCUCCAUUGAGGCGUUCCACGACAGCAGAGCGGCUGCGGUCGCGGGCGACUUCGUGGGUGUGGCCAUCAGGGGACUGCCGGUGGCGGCGCUGCGGCGGGGGCAUGUGCUGUGCGGCGGCGGCGGCGGCGGCAGUGGUGCGGCAGGAGCAGGAGGCGGCGGCGGCGGGGGAGGGGGCGGGGGCGAGCCGGCGUGUGUGGCUGCGUCCUUCACCGCUCGAGUGCAGGUCCACCGCGACCCCACCUCCAAGCGGCCCCACCCCUCCGCCGCCACACCCCCGGGCAUGGCGGUGGGGAGGUACGUGCCGCUGGUGGCCAUACACACAGCCCAGGCGCCCUGCCGGCUGCUACGGGCCAGCAAAUUGAACACCAAGGGCGAGGUGGUGGAGGCGGAUGUCAAGUACCUGCGGGAGGGAGACAUUGCAGAGGUGGAGCUGGCUCCGCUGCGGCCGCUGGUGGUGGAGCCGUUCCGCAGCUACCCGCACCUGGGUCGUUUCGCGGUGCGCGCCAGCUGCCGGCAGCAGAUGCGCGGCGUGGGCGUCAUUACGCCGGUGGUGGUGGCGGUGGGCCGCGUGGAGUCGGUCAACUACGUUCGCCUAGAAGACUUCAGUCCGCCCGCGGCGCCGCGCGAUGUGCUCGCCAAGCGGACAGCCCGGAAAGCCCGCGGCGCUUCGGGCGCGGCAGGCUUUGAUGACACGGCGGCCGGUGGUGCGGGAGGUGAAGGAGCGGCGGGGGCGGGGGCGGGCGAGGCGGGGGAGCGGGUGACGAUCGACAUGUCUGGCGAGGCGGAGGAGGGCGGCGGGCCGGAGUGAAGGAAGACAAGGCGAUUGGGAUUUGGAAGGGAGGUUGCAGAUGGCGGGGCUCGCUGAUGGCGGGCCCCUUUGCUACUGGGCCUGUGAGACGGGCGUGGGCGUGUGGAUGCGCCGACGUGUGAAUGAGAGGUUGAUGAGAGCUUGUAACGCGACCUGUGCGAGCUGCGGCAGCGGGUGUGCACAAGACAAGAGCGGCAGGCUCUUGCGCAAUUCAGGAGCGGGAGAGGGGUUGCACAUGGGUGAUGGAGGGUGAUGGGUGCCGCGUGGCGGGCCUGGGGCGGGGGCUUCGUGAAGUAUCAAGUACCGCUGGAGGCAGAGCUCUACACGUGUAGGCAUCUGGGUUGGGCGUGGCGAGCCCAGUUUGGCGCAGGGGAGGUGGACUCCUGCGACUUGGCGCAGGGGAGGCCGCGUGCCAAGACCCGGCCAAGCGCAGGCACCCAAUGCCU